AUACGCGUAGGUUAAUUUUGACUUGGGUUUUUCUCAUUAGAGCACUUGCUAUAAAUGAAAUGUUACCCUUUUGAAGUGAUUUCUCUUUUACGCAAUUUGAUUUUUAGGGCAAACAUUACCUUCAGAAAGGAAGAGUAAUUGUACAAGUUUAACUGAGACUGUCAUGGUGCUAAUCAAGAAAAGUGCUUGUGUUGUGCUUGUAUUUCUUUGUGCUGCCUGUCUAUCCACUGCUCGCUUGAACCCUAAAGGUGCUUCAGUUAAUGAUAUUCCAGAUAUAAAGGCAAGUAUUGCAACUAGUGUUACAAAGAGUACUAUGGCUGCAAUCGAUGAAGACAACUUGAACAGACCAAGUGAGAAGCGACUUAUGAGCAAAUCUGGGAAGGUUAUCUCUGCUCCCAAUGUAGAAGCCAAAAGGAAUAAUGCAAGAAGCUGUUUGUCUGAUGAGGUCAAUGAGGAUCCGUUGGCUUUCACUGCUGAUUAUCGUCGACCAGUGCACCAUCCACCUAAGAAUAAUAAAUGAACUCUUAAAAUUAAGUUCAUCUCCUCUUAAUUAUAUGGAAGAUAUAUGGGUGUGUUUUGUUUUGUUUAUCUUAUCCUUUAUAUAUGUUGCUUAAAUUAAUUACUAUAUAUAUGUUUUGUGUCACUGAAAUUAUAAUGAGUGCCUUGUAUCCGGGAAGUUAAUAUAUACGUUAUAUAAGUGUUUCUUGUCAUCAAUAUUCUACUGUAAGCUUAACAUGUCGAAUUAAAGAAGUGUUUAGCAAUUAAUAAA